GCUUUAUUUUGGCUCUGGCCUGUAGCUCAAAGUCGCGUGGCAAUCAGUUUGCUGCCGUCUCUGUUCGUGGGUGAAUGUCCGGUCGUCUUGGCAUCUUGAUUUUUUGUCGUAUUUCGUAGAUACUUCAUACGGAAAUAGCUGCUUCUAUCGGAUGCAAUUGUAUCUCGUGGAUUGUGCCGCCGUCAAGUGUCACUUGAAAAUUGUCAAAAUUGAAUUUACCAAACGUUAGUGAACAAUGGUCCUCCAAAUGGCCAUAACGAGUGUUACGGCCUUUGUCUGGCUUCGAUUUUCGAACCAAACUGAAGAGCUUUCCGGAUUAAGCCAAAAGGUUCUGUAGAGAUACUUAAGUGCUAAGUGAACUCAUCAAAAUCAUCGUGCAUAGAGUGAACUGCAUAUAUCAUCUUUCUGUUGGAAUAUGCCUGGCAGGUAGACUUCUGCUUUUCUUCCUACCACCGAAAGGCCAACGUCACAGCAAAUUUUUCUUCUGGCGAUGAGAGCUAAACAAAUGACACUCCUUCUAUGAGGGUUAGGGCCAGGAGUCAUCUUCCCUGGCAAUCGCAAACUGAAUCGCAAUUGCAGAAUGUGUGCCAGCGACGUGGAACCUUCGGUACAUUCCCACUGAGUGGCAGGAGGAUAUUCCUUAGACAGACACCUCUGAUUGAAUCGGUAACGGCGACCAAAACGAAAACGAGAAAGAAAAGAAAGGCAAAGGAAAUGCGGAAAAACUCAAAGGAAAUGGCGGCGAAUCGAAGGCGAAAGAAGACAAUCGGCAUGCUGACAUCGGGACUAAAAUCAGUAGUCAAGUGGAAAAUUAUUGUAUCAUCCAUAAUGUUGCUCUUAUUAAGUGAGACAAGUCACGUGCUGGCGGUACGAAAGGGUCGCCUUAUGUCCCCCAGCACAUUUACCGCCCUCAGCGGGGACUUGCAUGUGCAGAUUCAGUUCAAUGGUAACGAGAUGUCAUCGCAGGAGGAGUUGGAAGAGAUGGAUUCUAGCCAUGGCCCAACCAGUGAGGAACACUUGAGCACUGACAGGCGGGACUUGAAGGCCAGGAACAACACCAUAAUGAGCACUUUAGUCAUUAGCAAAAUCAUUGAUGAAGUGGAUCCUGGAGCGUUGGAAAAGGGUUUGACUUUAACCACCGAGGUAACGAAUAGCAGCAGCCAGGUGGUUUUGCAUCGCAGACGUAAGGAGGUUGUGCAGAAUAUACCGCUCUUCCCGGAUCCCCGGUUCAAUGUCACCCAGGUGACUGUGCCAUGUCAGACGUUUUUGAUCGGAGGACGCUAUGAGAUGCAGGUGGUUAGUAAUCUCAAAUCGGUGAACAAGAGUGAGGUUACAACCACUUUGGUGCCGGCACAGGAUGAACGAUUGCACCAGACCCUGGAUGUGCGAUGGCCCAGUGCUGAGAUGAUUGUGAGUCCGGUGCGCCUUCGGACUUAUCCCAAAAAUCCCGUAGAGGUGACCCUAAGAUUUCCUGAGGUUAACUGCAAUCAGUCGGGUAGUCUUCCUCUGCCAGAAUUUUGGCUAGAGUUGAUAUACUGCGGCAAGGAGCGCAGUUGCAGUCGGAAUAUAUCCCGUUCCAGUGUCCUUUUUGCAGAGCAGAUACGUGGAUUCCCGAAAAACAAAAGCCUGCACUUGGGAUGCGAACUGUUUGGAUUGGCUGGCAAUUAUGCAGUCCAAUUGAGACCCAUGAUUCCGGCCCAGAAUGUGCCCACCACCCGAAGGCUACUCAGCGUCGAUUGGAGCGAUGAGUUCGUGUUCAAUGUGUAUGCCCGUAGCAUUUUUCCCUGUGAUCCGCACACGGGAAUCGGUGUCCUCUACGAAUAUCCCGGAUGCAUUUUGGAGCAAGGCGACCGGGUACGUCUGUACGCCAAGCUGCGGGCCGAUGUCGCCUCACUGAAACCCCCAACAUCACUGCAUUACGUCGCCGAACAGCGGGUGGUCAAGAGCCAACAUUCACUGUACUUCGCCUGCGACUAUUUCUCUGAGAAAUACGUGGAGUACUGCUUCGUGUACGUCAGCCAGGCAAUUUCCGGAGCCGUGGCCGAUGUCCGGAUGGACUGUGUGCCCACGCUGCCCGUGAGCGAUUCGGAUACCGGUGGCUGGGGACCCUGGAGCGAAUGGACUCCCUGCUCCACAAAUUGUUUGGGCGGAACAAGGAAUCGCUAUAGAUUUUGUGAUUCACCACCACCGCGAUAUGGCGCCAAAUUCUGUGAGGGCCCAUCAGUUGAGACCCAAAAAUGUGGCAAGAGCAUAGCUGAUACGUGGGACUGCAUCUACGAGACAUCUGGUACGGUCAUAACCAAGGAGAAUAGCACAGAGGUUAGUCAGGAGAUUGGACCAGGAUGUCGUUGCGGCUGCAUUGUACAUCUGGGCUCCUCUAAGCCCAAAAGGAUCAUUGCGGGAGCCACACAAAGUUGUCCUGGCCGCUCCUUCUGGCUAAUACAGGUUGAUGGUGAGGAGAGCAUUUCGCUGGCCCUGAGCUUCCUUCGUUUGCCGUGUGCCACCCAGUACAUAAAGGUGCGCGAUGGUCCGUCGCUUUCGUCCACUCUGCUGGUAGAGCUAAAUGGCGGCGGUUUGAUUCUCAAGGGAGCUGGCGUUCCGGUGUCCGUUGAGUCGACUGGUGGCCAACUCCUGGUGGAAUUUUACGCUGGCGAUGGUCAGGCGGCCAAUGCAACUCAGGAGGGAAGUGCAGCCUGCACAGGAGGAUUCAUGGCCAAUGUGCAGCAAGUGUUGGCUUCCAGAGGAGGCAAUAGUAGUACCACUCUUGUAGCGGCCACUCGGUUGUCGGGAAAAACACGCUCCGUUUCCCACAAACCCAUGUCAAGGCUUCGUUUUACUCUGGUACAUCUAAGUGCCAUGAUCUUUGCCAGCAUUAUCAUCAUAAUUAGCGCAUUGUUAGGUGCCCAAUAUGUUGUGCGAUAUCGGAAGUAUCACUUGGCAGUUGCCCGCCGACAGGACGAAGGGUCACGCCUUCACACUCCUAGAGCUUCUCUCAGUUCCCUUCAAGGACCUCCUUCACGAGCCAUGUCCACGACUACUCUGCUCUCGGAGGUCAUUUACAUGGUCAAGAUGCGACCUAAGCACCACCUACGACACUCCAUUCUUCGCGAAAGUGUGGAUGCUGAAAAUCUGACCAAUGAGACGGAGUUUAAGGAGUCUGAUUCACAGGGAAUGCUAGCCAAAUGCGCUGAGGUCAAAGAAUUGGGAAGCUCCGCCUCUAUGGUCACUCUGCGCAAUGAACGAUCCUCGCCGGCGCGAUCUCUGGACACUGGAAGUGUUAUAGGAUCGCCGUCCUCUGCUGAAGCCGAACUAGCUGCGGUUCACAGCAGGACAGAUGAGUCAAAGGACUCACCCACAGAUGAACAUUUGGAGCAACCGAGCUGCAAAGAUAGUGCCAGGGAUUCGGAAUCCAUCAUAUCCUCGGGCAUGAGCUCCCUCUGCAACAGUCCACCAAUGAAUAGCAAACGGUUGAGCAAGUACUCCGAUCGGUACGAUGCGGUUACCCUGAAGUUGCUAUCAUCUAGAUUGGAUGAGAGCCUGCAGGAUGCAAGUUCCCUGCAUUCGGUCACAGAAUCUCUCAGAAUGGGUCGCCUGGGAUCACGCAGUGUCAGCUCUUCCCUGACGAAUGGCUGCUAUUCUCCUGCUGCCAGUGUGGUGAGCACGGCCACUAUCAGGACCACCAGCAACCCCAAGGAGUCCAAGGAGAAGCAGAAUCGCAGAAAACUUCUGGCACGUCCUGGCUCUGAGUUUUCACUCGGGAAUCAGGAAGAACUUGAGUUGGACUACUACGAUUACAAUGUGAUCAACGCAGGAUCGGCGCCUGGAUCCUAUCUUGGAAUGGAUCCAGCUUACCUAAUCUGGAUACCACCAUUCGAAGAGGUUGCAGAACGGGAGGAGGACGACAAGACACCAGAACCGGAACCAGAUCCCGAAAGAGAUGAACGACAGCCGCUGUACGAGGAGAUUCGGAUGCCCAAGUAUGGACACUAUCUGAGUCCGGCCAGCAAUACGGAGUCUAGCAAGUCCACUACGGCUGACAAUACACCCAGUUCGGAGGAGCGUUCCCCUCCGGACAGUGGACGUCCUUCUAAGGCUACUUCACCGUGCGAUGGAGCAGAAAAGGGAGGGAAAUCUUUGCCCAAGCAACCCACUCCGUUUAUGUCCAGAAAACAGCGGCGUCAGUCCAAACAGCAGAUGCAAUCUAGUUUGUCUCUGAGUGCCGGUUCUCUUGAUCACGAACAGCGUUCGGGAAAGAAUUCUAAACUCCCAACUGAGAUUGCUGCAGUGCAUCAAAAACUGGAAGCCGAAAUGGAACCAAACGAAUCCAUGAAUGGUUCUUAUAUCGAAAAGGAAACUGCCGUUGAGAAAUCAUCAGGGGAUCUGCAGGAGUUUCUAUCUCUCGAUGACAUCCAGUUUGCGGAUGAAAGUGGUAGCGAUUAUGAGGCUGUAAACCUCAAGAAAGUUCCCAAAUCGGAACUCAAGCUAAACCAAGAUGAUGUUAGAUCCAAACUCUUGCGAAGAAAAGAACCCAAAUCAAAUGAAGUUUCCGUGUAACCCCUAAAUAUUAUUGUACAUAAACUCAGCACAAAGGGGGCACUAUAUGUUUAGCUUAGUUUACGAUCUUGUAAAAUACGGGUAAAUAUUAUAUAUAUAUACAUAUGUCAGCACCAUAAGAAACGUAGACCACCUGGAGUAAAUGUGUUUUUAAAGUUAAGCCUUAAGCUCAUCUCAGUAAAAUGUAUACUUAAAAAAUCGAAAAGAAUGUAGAGCUCGUAUCUAGUCUCAAGGCUCUUAAAAAGCUAAUCUGUUUAAACCCUCGUUACCAUGUAUAUAUCUUAGCUAAGGUUCACUGUAAUUUAAGUAUUUAUUCGCACAUGGCUAUGUACACAACUCAAUAUUGUUUACCUAAGGAAUUUUAUUUGGCAAUAACU